CUGUUGGACACUGUCAUGUAUAGUUAGUUUGAAGGUAGUUGAAUAAUAUGAUUAAAACAGUUGUUGUCUGACAUUGGGAUGGUUUCAUUAAAACAUUACAUGGUGGCAGCGGUAUAUCAUAAAUACGUGUAUAAAUUUGAUAAAAGUGUUAUAAAUAACGUAUUUAAAUAAAGAUUAAACUUAACAAAUAUAAAUUUGCAUAAAAAACUAGUCGUGAGUGGAUAUUUUGUUAUACGGCAUAAUGGAGCACGCGCGACCACCGCCCGAAUUAAAUAUGGAGGGAGGCCCUGUGAGUCGUGCCGAUGCAUGGAGGCGUUGGCGACAACAAUUCCUGCUGUUUAUCAAGGCUUCGGGUGUGGAUUCCGAGAAUUCAGCAGUACAAGCCAGUUUACUAAUAAAUUUGAUCGGUCCGGAGGGGUUUGACGUGUAUCAAACUUUCACUUUUACUAAAGAUACAGAUAAAGAUGACGUAAAUGAAGUACUAAAAAAAUUCGAUAGUUAUUUUGGAACUAAAGAAAAUAUUACAUUACUUAGAUAUAAAUUCUUCACGAGAAAUCAGGAAGAAGGUGAAAGCAUUCAACAGUACGUGACGGCGUUACGUCUUAUUAGCAAGAAGUGUGCAUUCUUAUCGCUAGAAGAGGAUUUGAUUAAAGAUCGUAUAGUAUGUGGGGUACGCAGUGCGACUGUCAGGGAUAGGCUAUUACGACACGAAGAUUUGACCUUGGAAAAAGCUAUGAAUUUGUGCAUCGCCGAGGAAACAUCACAGGAGAGCGGUCGGCAGCUGAAUUGUUUCACUGUCAGUGGUAGUGAGUGUGUACAAGUGAAUAGUGUUGAGCAGUGCCGGGGAAGCGGCGGGCGCCGCGGGCGGCGCGCCGGCGGGCCGAGCGGCCGCGCGCCGGCGCCACGCCGCGCCGACGGUCGGUUCACGCCUGUGCACGCCGCGCCCUGCUCUGGCUGCGGUGCCAGGGUGCGCUGCCAGCAGAAGCAGUGUCCGGCUCAGAAUGCCACUUGUUUUGUAUGCGGUAAACGAGGACACUUCGCUCGAGUAUGUAAGUCUGGUUACAAUACUAAUUUCAACAGUGGCAGAGUUAGGCACGUAUACGAAAUCGGCGAAGAAGAAGCGAAUACCGAGUCAGACGAGGAAGAAUCGUUUCACAUAUCAGUAAUUACUGAUAACAAAAGUGAAUCAGGAAAGUGGUUUGAAAUUUUGACUUGUACGAACGGGGAAGAAAAUUUUAAAUUGGACACAGGGGCGGACAUAAAUGUAAUAUCAUACAGGAGAUUCAUAGAACUAGGUUAUAAUGAAUGUGAUAUUAAAAAUACUAAUAUAAAGCUAGAAGCAUACAGUGGGGAUAAAAUACCUAUUAAAGGUACAUGCAGCAUGAAGUGGGUGUAUAAAAAUACUAUAUAUAAUUUGAGAUUUGCGAUAGCAGACAAUGAUUGUCAAAGCGUGCUGGGCCGAAAAUCAUGUGAAUUAAUGAAAUUAGUAAAAAGAAUUUAUGGAAUAAAUUUAACAGAUUAUAGUGACUUAUUUCAAGGAGUAGGAUGUCUGCCCGGAAAGUAUCACAUUGUAGUCGAUAAUUCCAUACGCCCUGUCGUAUGUGCUUCCAGAAAAAUACCGUUAGGGAUACGGGAUAGAUUAUUACUAGAGUUACAAAAAAUGGAAAAAUUAGGUAUCAUUAGGAAAGUAUAUCAUCCUACCCCGUGGGUUCAUCCAUUAGUUAUAGUUGCUAAAAAAAAUAAUGGCAUUCGCAUAUGCCUAGACCCGCGCGAUCUAAACCGCGCGGUACAGCGCGCACACUUCCAGCUGCCCACAGUAACGGAGUUAGCGACACGUUUACAUGGCGCCUGUUAUUUUUCGGUACUUGAUGCCAACUCAGGCUUUUGGGCUGUGCAACUCGAUGAGGAAAGUGUAGAUCUUUGUACUUUCGCAACUCCCUUUGGCCGUUAUCAGUUCCUUCGGUUACCGUUUGGAAUUAAUUGUUCCUCAGAGGUAUUCCAUGCGAAAAUGCGUCAACUCUUAGAAGACUUGGAAGGGGUGGAUAGCUUCGUCGAUGAUAUUAUUGUUUGGGGAAAGACGAAACGAGAACAUGACGAUAGGCUGGUUGCACUAUUAAAUCGAGCACGAAAUAUAAAUUUAAAAUUUAACAAAGAUAAAUGCAAAGUGGGUGUAGAAGAAGUUGUAUAUUUAGGGCACGUAUUUGAUAAGAACGGUAUGCGACCAGACUAUAACAAAAUAAAAGCCAUAAAGGAGAUGCCAGAACCGAAUGAUAAGAAAAGUUUACAGCGAUUUUUGGGAGCGGUAAAUUAUUUGUCAAAAUUUAUACCGAAUCAUUCUGAGAGCGCGUUACCGUUAACCAAUUUAUUAAAAAAGGAAAAUGAAUGGCGUUGGGAAGAUACGGAACAAAAAUCAUUUUUUGCAUUAAAAGAAAGCGUGUGUCGCGCGCCGGUGUUGGCAUUGUACGACGUAUCGCGGCCGCUAGUGCUGUCAGUGGACGCAUCGCGCGACGCGCUCGGAGCCGUGCUGCUGCAGGCCGGCCGACCCGUCGAAUACGCUUCGCGCACACUCACCGACACCCAACGGCGUUACGCGCAAAUCGAAAAAGAGAUGCUGGCCAUAGUUUUUGCAUGCGAACGAUUCCACCAAUAUAUUUAUGGUAAGGUUAAAAUAUUGGUGGAAACGGAUCAUAAACCCUUAGAAAGUAUUUUUAAAAAACCACUGAUGUCGGUCCCAGCUCGCUUACAACGCAUGUUGUUAAGAAUACAAACUUAUGAUCUAUUAGUUAAUUAUAAGCCAGGAAAGUAUAUGUAUGUUCCUGAUGCACUGUCUCGAGCGCCGCUUCCUGAGCUAUAUAGUGUGGAAGUGGAACAGAAUGUACUGUACCAAGUUCAAAUGGUGGUGGGCAAUAUACCGAUAUCUAAUUCAAAAUUGGCAUUAAUUAAAAAGGAAACUAAACAGGACAAGAUUCUAUGUGCACUGAUCGAGUAUAUAAAAACGGGAUGGCCAGACCAUAAAUAUAACUUACCAAUAGAAUUACAAGUGUUUUGGGCAAUAAAGGACGAGUUAUAUGUCGUCGAUUCUGUAGUAUUUAAAGAUAGUAUAAUACUGAUACCUUCGAGUUUGCGAGCUGAAAUGCUGCGGCUCGUGCACGAGGGCCACCUCGGUAUAGAUCGGUGCAAGCGGCGAGCGAGACAGGUUAUGUAUUGGCCGAAUAUGUCACGCGACAUUGAGUCUCAUGGAAAGCGUUGUACCACUUGUCAGGAGAGUUUAAAUGCACAAGCAAAGGAACCUAUGAUUCCAGUAGAGAUACCCCCUUUGCCGUGGACGAAAGUAGGUACUGAUAUUUUUGAGUACAGAAGAAAAUAUUAUUUGAUUGUCGUAGAUUAUUAUUCUAAUUAUGUUGAAGUAUGUAAUUUACAAAAUAUUACCUCAUAUACAGUCAUACAAAAUAUAAAGGAAGUAUUUUCUCGUCAUGGUAUACCUGAAAUAUUAAUAAGUGACAACGGCACUCAAUUUAGUAGUCGCGAGUUCAAAUUAUUUGCUAGUGACUGGAGUUUUCAUCACGUGACUUCUUCACCCAACUAUCCUCAGUCAAAUGGAAAGAGUGAGCGUGCUGUACAAACAGUUAAGUCACUGUUGAGUAAAGCAAUUAAGACAGGAGGAGAUUUUCAAUUAGCGUUAUUGAAUUACAGAAAUACUCCUAGAGAAGGUUUAAGCUCUCCUGCACAGAUGUUAAUGAGUCGCAGAUUAAGAUGUAAACUUCCGGCCAGCGUACAAAUAUUAAAACCAAAACUUGUAAAUGAAACAGAAUAUCAUACCUUGGUCUAUAAGCAAAAGUCCAAUAAGGGAUACUAUGAUCGGCAUUGUAAAACGCUAUGCAAGUUAGAAAAAGGUGACCAAGUAAUAUGUAAUGAUGGUAAAAAUCGUACUAGGGCCACUGUAGUAAGCACGGCUGAUACGCCUCGUUCUUAUAUUAUAGAAAAUAAAAUAGGAACCAAAUAUCGACGUAAUCGUCGUCAUUUAAUCAAAUGUGAACCACCGGAAGUAAAGUUUGAAAUAAACAAAGCUGAACCAGCCGUGGUUACUAAGGUUUUAAACCAAAAAACAUCGGAAACAAGGUCGGACGUAUGUAUCGGUGGCACGAUGGAUGCACCGUACCGCACUGCUGAGACACCGCCGGGUUCGAACCCGCAACCAAAUAGCAGUAGUGGUAGUAUGUUUCUUAAACCACCGCUUACGCGCAAACGUGCCAAAACACUCAAAUAAAUUAGAUAGAAUGCAUUCUCAGUGAACACACUCAUAUCUGUUUUUGUAUAAAACAUACUACAUCUACUAUAUUUCAUUAUAUUGAUUUCUUUAGCAAUAAGGUGUUAUAAAGUAGUAUAUAAG